AUGUGCUUGGGAUACGCGAAGCUAAUGUCCAGCUCGCUGUGCUACAAGUAUAUUCCGAACAACCCGGCCGACUGCGCGUCCCGGGGAAACACGCCGCUUGAGCUGCUGAUGCACCCCCUGUUUUACGGCCCCAGCUGGCUGAAAGAGAUCAAGAAUUACUGGCGCAUUGAACCACUGGGCGAGAUCGAAGAGGAUGAGCUGCUGGAGAUGCGGACUACGAUCCCCUGUCCGUUCGCGAGCGCCGUCCCGCCGCUCUGCUUCCAGACGGAAAUCGAUUGCCUGGUCAAGAAUGCACCGCUUCCAAGCAACAGCAAGCUCAAGGCUUUGUUUCCGUUCGUCGACGCAGAUGGCACUCUGCGGGUUGGUGGCCGACUCCAGAACUCCAACCAGCCGUACGACGUGCGCCAUCCUAUGAUCAUCCCGAAAGAGCAUCGGACCAACUCUGAUGAUCGCCACACUCAACCAAAGAUAUUGGAUCGUUGGCUGCCAAACGGUGGUGCGUGGCUACGUUGCGAACUGCACGCGCUGCUGCAGAAUGAAGGCGAAAACCGCGACGCAGCUGAUGGGAAGCCUGCCUUCCGUAUGGACGAACCCGGCUCGUCCUUUCGUGCACUGCGGUGUGGACUUCGCGGGUCCAUUCCUCGUACGCACCUCCAACCUUCGAACGGCCAAGACAGUGAAGGGUUACGUCGCUGUCUUCGUUUGCCUCGCGACCAAGGCAGUGCACCUAGAAGCCGUUCCGACCUGUCCACGAGCGCGUUCUUGACCGCCCUCAAGCGCAUGUUCGUCCGUCGUGGGAUAAGCAGCGAGAUCUGGUCCGACCACAGAACCAACUUCGUGGGCGCGAACCGACGCAUCCGAGAGCACCUGCAGUCACCUGAGUUCAACGGAGCUGUCAACCAGUACCUGUCGGACCACAAGGUGAAGUGGACGUUCAUCACUCCAUCCGCCCCCCACAUGGGAGGAAUCUGGGAAGCGGCGGUGAAGAGUAUGAAGAAGCACCUCCGAGUGGUGCUCGGGAACACGGCGCUGACCUCUGCGUCGCCUGACUCGUACGAGGCCCUCACGCCGGGCCACUUUAUCAUCAACCAGCCGCUCAACCUGCUGCCGGAACCGGACAUCAGCCACAUCAAGGAAGGCCGUCUGGACAAGUGGCAACGGAUUCAGCGCCACGUCAACGAGAUCUGGGCACGCUGGCGUGACGAAUACGUGGCCACACUCCAACACCGGAACAAGUGGCAAACGGUGCAGCAGAAUCUGGAUCCGGGACAGCUGGUCCUGAUCAAGAACGAGAACACACCACCUGCGGAGCUCGCAAGGAUCGUCGCAGCACAUCCGGACCCGUACGGCGUCGUUCGCAACGUCACCGUGCGCAGAGGAGAGAAGGACUAUCAGCGGCCGGUGCACAAGCUGGUCCCGCUUCCGAUGGAUUGA